AUGACCAUGAGAAAGGGUUCCAAUCUGCUGUUGCAACGCACACGCAGUCCAUCCGCACCGCUGGUAGCGAGGCAAAACAAAAGUGCUACCGACUUUAGGACCACCCCCAGUGCACAGACCGCGAUGAACUACCCACCAAUCGUUCCCCUGACGACGUCAUCCGAUCAGCAUGGGG